AUAAAAGACAGUAAUGAGAAAAAUAUGACUGUGCAAUUAUGCAUAAACCUAUCUAAGAUCUCUGAUGGUGAUUAAUUUUCCCCACUAAAUUAUAUGACAGGAAACCAUAGGCUGGUGAAAUGGCUUUAUAAUUAGAAAUCUGAAGUAAUUGAAAGGCACAUGGCAAUUAUAUGUUCUGCUGAUAGCAGGGUAGUUAUAUCCACAGAAAACCACCACUUAUUGUGAUUUCAUAUUUCAAGCAACUGUUGAAGUUCUGUCUUCAAGUGAAAAUGCUGGAUCACUGACAUGUCAUCCACAAAGAGAAAUCUAAAGUGAGUGUUAAUGUAUUAACAAUUUAUUUAUGGAAUGAUCCAUAGAUGUUGGACUGAAGAGUUAACAUAGUUUGGAAUUAGCCACAUUUAACUGUAAAAUAUUGUAGACUACACUAGCUUGUAAAACCCUCCAUGGGAUCAGAAACAAUGACUGAGAUUCCAGUGGCUUGGAUGUUUGCAAUGCCCUUAUUGUCUUGUUUAUGUUCUCAUUUCUGCACUGAUACCAGUAGUUUUCAAUCACAUAUACAUUAGAUAUAAUAUAACAAAAGCGCAUAGAAAAGGAAGAAUUCCCUUAUUGCUAUAAUGAUUUAUUUGAAACAUCUAAAGCCCCCUGGUGUUUUCAUAUUCCUUUAAUGCAGAUUUCUUCAAACAGUGAUUUAAAAUCACCUUCCUAAAUUAUCAGGUGUAAGUGCAUCAGUUAAACCUUUUGAUUUGACUGUUCAACUAUAUUUCCUUAGCUGACUGUAGACCCUGCCCUGCCUUAGUAUUUAUCACUCCAUUGACGUGUUAUACGCAAAUGGGAGCAGAAGGGCUGAUCUCUCGCCUGAAGAGGUCAUUCUGGCUACAGUUGCCACUUGUUGCCAAAACCCUCGGAGCCUGCGGACUCGCCGCGAUAUCAAAUAUAUAUAUAUAUAUAUACACACGCACAUGUAUAUAUACAUAUAUAUAUAUAUAUUUAUAUAUAUUUUUUUUCCAAAAUCGAGUUUCCUCGCGAUCGUAAUAUCUCGAUGUUGAAACGGGAAUACAUCGGCAUUUGACUGUUUGGUAAAAGGAUACUUUUGAACAAAUUAAUUGCCUUUGACCGGAGAAGCAUGGUUGACAACACAAGCAUAGCAACUAAAUCUGCAUUGCAAGCCGCAUUUUCGUCAGCGAACAACCUUCCCCUGCACGUCCCCUCUUCCACUUCUCAUAGUCACUUCUCUGGUGCACAGUCUCACUCCUCCAGCGGCACCGGAAUGAAGUUGGAAGCGGUUAUGGAAAACCUCCAGCGACAGCAGGCGGCUCGCCUUGCCCUGGAAGAAAAACUGCGCCAAGCCGAGAAAGACAAGGACAUUAGGUCUAUGGUGGAGUCCCAGAUCCAACAACAAGCUCUCGCUUUCCGUCACUACCAGGCAUCAGUUCGGGGGGCUUUCGCCGGAGGAGCACCGAACUCGCCGGGAUCGAGCUCUAGCGAGCGGCACCGCAAUCACCACGACGUUCAGAGGCUUGCAGAGCGCGUAGACGACUCCGACAUAGACGAUGAGCAAGAUGUGGACCGUGAAAUGGAUGAGGACGACCGGGAUCUUGAGGAAGACGACAGUAUGAAUGAGGGCUUAGGGGACGAUGAUCUUGAAGGACCCCUUGCACAUUAUCCACCUCGUCAUACGUUGCAUUCCGGUGCGGGACAGUCACCAAAAAGUAUUUCGGCGCUUCCUCUGUCCAGAGUUCAGCCUCCGUAUGCAGUUCCGAGGCAGCCCGAAUCACCAAGUGCACUAGCGCCGCACGUACAAUCGCAGCACCACGAGUGGACUUACGAGGAACAGUUUAAACAGUUGUAUGAACUGGAUGAUGAUGAAAAAAGAAAAGAAUUUCUUGAUGAUCUCUUCAGUUUCAUGCAGAAAAGAGGGACUCCAGUGAAUCGGAUUCCUAUCAUGGCCAAGCAGGUGUUAGAUCUCUACACUCUCUACAAGCUUGUCACCGAAAAAGGCGGCUUAGUGGAAGUCAUCAAUAAGAAAAUAUGGCGAGAGAUUACCAAAGGCCUGAACCUCCCUACCUCGAUCACCAGUGCAGCUUUCACUCUGCGGACCCAGUAUAUGAAGUACCUCUAUCCCUAUGAAUGUGAAAAGCGAGGACUCAGCUCUCCCGGUGAGCUGCAGGCGGCCAUUGACAGCAACCGGCGUGAGGGGCGCAGGCAGAGUUAUAGCUCGGCCCUCUUCAACUACUCGCCUGUAGGCACACCCACCCUGCUGCCAUCCCCCAAGCUCCACAUGCCCCACAUCAGCAUGCCCACCCCAAACGGCGGACAAAUGGCCCACACCCCCAUCAUCAAGAAAGAAGAGCCCAUGAUCCCUGGCUGCCUGCCCAGCCGCGUGGGUCUGCCAGUGUCUCUGGCGGGGCACCAUGGCACGGCAGCUGCGGCCCAGGCUGCGGCGGCGGCAGCCGUGCAGGCAGCCGCACUGGAGCAGCUGCGGGAGAAGCUAGAGUCCGGAGAGCCGCCAGAGAAGAAGGUGAUGUUGAUGGCCGAGGAGCAGCAGAGGAUCAUGCAGCACGCACUGCAACACAACCUCCUCACCAUGGCCACCCAGCUACCCAUGAACAUCAAGCUGAACAACAGAGAUGAUAGACAAGAGACCGCAUUGAACCUGUCUACCCACGGCAUUAGCAGCAUCAACAUGUCAAUAGAAAUAAAUGGAGUUGUCUACACAGGGGUCCUGUUUGCUCGCAAGCCAGCCACUUCUGUCACGCCGGCCGGCCAGCGAGCUCAGCAUCUUGGCGCCUCUCAGGGAAAAAGCAGCAGCCCCAGCCUCAGCACCCACAUCCAGUUCUCUUCCUCCUCCUCCUCCUCCUCCUCGCAUGGACCUGCUGCCUCGCCCUGAGUCACCUUGCCCUGGAACCCCCCCCAGAAAAAAGAAACGCAAGGCAGCCUGCUAAACUAUACAGACUUUUUUUUGUAUCCUCUGAUGGUGGCUUCCUGCUCUUUUUUUUAUUACACAUCCUCCUAUGAGCCUCAUCACACAAUCUGACAGCUGACAUUCUGAGAAGUAGUUCAACAAGAGAAUAAGAGGUUACAACUUUGUCCUGGUGAUUUAAACAAUGGUUUAUAGCAGCACACAUAAAGUGAGUUAAAUAUAUAGAGAGUGCAGGCUCUGUUUACCUCUCCUGAGGACAUUUGUUUCAGUGUGAAGCGUCUUUUCCGUAUGCAUACUGUACGAUGGUGCCACAAAUGUGGGGGUCCAUAAGAUAAAAGGAAGGACAAAGCAGACAAUGUUCAUCGGACAGAAUGCUUCAGUUGUUCAAACAAAAUGUUAAAGCAGAAUUCUCCAUAUAUUACAUACUUUAUCUGCUGUUAAGCAUGAAAGUACAUCUUAUAAUUCUUUAAAUACAGUUAUCUUUUCAAGUGACUUUUUGGAUGAAGCAGGAGAGGAGUUAUACUUUCAGCUAAUACCAAAGAUCAUAAGGUUAACAUUGUGAUGGUGUGUGACAUCCUUUGCAUAUGCACAGCUUGAAUUGCUGUCAUGUUUAAAUGAUGCUCAUGCAGAAAAAAAGAUAUGCAAUGGUAAGGAUUAUCAAACUAAAUUACUGCUAUGAAUUCUUAGUUGUAGACAAAGCACAUCCUUAACUGGAUUAUAUCAAAAUAGUCAGGGAGAAAAAUGUACUUUCUGUAACAUAUUGUAGCUAUGAAAUUUUCUUUAGUGGGAAAGCAAAACAUAGUCUAGGGUAAUUAAAGUAACUAUCUCCUUCAAGGCCUGUGUCCACGUAAUCUUUGAUAGACUGAGAAUUAUACAAUGAGUACUGCUGUCUGCCCUCAAUUACUUUUCUGAACAAAUAGAGAGGGUAAGUUUGGUGGUAUUCUGCUUACUUUAUUGCUGGUUUUGGUUAGAAGCUAUAACGAUGCGCUCCACUGGUUAGAAGAUUCUUUGGGAAACAUGUUGGAGGAUACUUUCCCACCACCUCAACCUCAAGGUUUGUAAGUGUUCAUCAAAUUAAAGAUUAUAUCAUUUAAGUAACAUUUGGAGCUACUAGUCAGCCUUGUCAAUAUAGGUUUUCAAGGCUACUCAGUGGAUGACAUUAUGUCAUGCAUGUCACUGGGAUGGUGUAUGUGGAAAUUAAUUACAGUGAAAAAAUGGUUGAGCACUUCAUUGCAUCUCCCUGAUAAAAGGAAAAGGUUACUUCAAGUAGGCUAAAUGGGACCCGUCCUAACUAGGAGGUCAUGAAACAAAAACCUGUAAAUAGAAUCUGCCUUUUUGUGUUUUGGAAACUUUCUUUCUUUUUAACUGUUGAUUAGCCCUUGUUAUGUCUGCUUUGCUACCUGUUUCUGUCUUUAAGGGGAAUUGGGAGAAUAUUCUUGUGUUGUUUUUUAGAAGUGUGUAAACAUGAUUUCAAAUUAUAUUUAUUAUUCUCAUCUUACUGGUUUUAGUCUUGAGCUGUAUCGACAUAGCUGCCCCACAUUCAUUUUAAACACCCCGCAAGGUUAUUUGAAAUGCAGUCAGAUACCUCACAAAUUUACUUGUACAUACAUAUAAUAGAUUAUGAAUGCAAGAUAUACCUCAUUUAUUUCAUUUCUAUUGUUUUUAUGAAGCCACUUGAUAAUCAAUGCUUUUUUCAACAGAUCACUGGAUUUUGUUUCCUGUUUUGUAUUGCUAUACCAAAGAAGGGAAAAUAUUAUUAACACACAUCUACCUCAUUUGUUAUAGACUGUGCCAACAAACAUGACCACAAUCGCCAGUUUUAAGUGUAAAACCUUUUCGUUCAGGAUCUGCUUAAAACAUGAUGCAUAUUUUAAGACAUGUCUAUGGAUCGUACAGGGCUUGCAUUGUGUAAUUUGCAUUGCUUGUUGACCUUUGUCUAUGGCAUUUCUUUUCUAUGGGAGAAAAAUGCCAGAAGGAAUUUUAUUUUAUGUAUACAAUCUGCUACAAGCUAUUUAAAAUUGAUGAGAGAUAGGGUUAGUAAAUCAUACACCUGAUACACUGAUAACCUUAAAGCAAAUGGUUUUAUUCUGCACCAAAUACUAAAUAUACUAAGCAUAAAUAAGCAAAAGCUACAACCACUGACUUUUGUUUAGGCAUCAAGUUUGUGUGUAUCCACAGUGGUUUGCAGCAUUGAUAUGUUUUAUAAAUUCCAGUGUUUACUUGAAUCACUGUUUUCAUGCACAACACAACUGGGUUUUGGGAGGCUGAGGGGAAGGCUUCCAAGUGCAGCUGCAUACAGCGAGCAGUUCUAGUUGUGUGUGAGGUUGCUGAAGCCUUGGACUGAGCUAGCUGGGUUUGCAGAAACUAGGAUAUGAUGCACUUGCAAACGGCCACAAGAAACCUGGUCCUUAAAAACACAAUUACAUCUUUUAUUUCUCAUUCUUCAAGGGUUUUUGGUGAAGAGAUCUAAAUGUUGAAAUGUGCUAUAUAUAAAUUGCUUAAAUGUAAUAAUUACCAAAGAUCUAAAAUGUCAGUUGCAUCACUUAACGCAUUAUAGUUUUUACAUUGCUUCUCACAUAGGCUAGUACCUUUCAUCAGAAUACAUCUUGAUAAAGUUUUGUCUUAGUUAAGAUAGAAUUAUAGCACUUGGAAAACAUGGAUAAAUAUUUAGCUCAAGACAGCAGAGGGUGAACUUAGGAAUGUAACAGUUUUUGUUAUUUUUUGUUAAAGCAUACCAGUAUAAUAAAUCAUAACUUGACCACCAUUUUAUCACUGUAUAGAAGCAAAACUGAAGGAAAACAUAUAAAUAUAUUUGUGGAACAAGAAAUUGGGCACAAUCAAUGCACAAUUGUCACAAUUCAUACUAUUCAUUUUGAUUUACUCUUUGAUUGAUAUGAAAAGUGAUGUGCUCUUAUUUUUCCUACAGAAAAGGCACAGUCUGUUCUCUUAUACAGCGUUCAGCUUCUACUUCAACUCAUACUGCUAUGCUGCAGAGAUUUCACUGGAAAUCUCUAGAGUAUUUAUCUGUGAAGCAAGAACAUGAGUCAAUGCGAUUCCUGUAACCAAAGCUUUUUCAAAGGAAUUAUGUCCAGUGACUCCUGAAACAGAAUAUUUGUUAACAAGGAUGCUAACAUUUUGCGGAAGGUUAAGUAAAAAUGGUUCACUUGUUCUUCAAGAAAAAAAGUUUACUUUGUUAGAUAUGUAAACAAUGCUAUGCUGGUAGAUUUUAGAUCAUAUUCGCUGUGUAUGAAGCUUCAAACAUUUCUUUUACUUCUCUUAUUUACUUUGUAUAAAUCCAGAACAUUAUGGGAAAGCUGGAUUGUGGUGCUCAGGGGUUAAAAAAGUUAAAAAAAAAAAUUAAAAAAAAAAAACAGGUGAAAGAGAUUUUUUGUUUGUUUGUUUUACCAUUAACUUGUAGCAUAAUUAGAAAUAAAGUACUACUUUCCACUUUACAAACAAACUGGGUGUAAUAGUCAUUACUUGAUAAGAAAUUACUACUACUACUACUACUACUACUACCACUACUACUACUACUCCUAAUAAUAAU